AUGCCGGCCGGUGCCCAGCACUGGCUGUACAACGACGGCGAUGCGCCGCUUGUGGCGAUCUACGUCUUCGACACAAACAACAACAUCAACCAGCUUGAGCCUUCCAUGAGGAAGUUCUUGCUGGCUGGGGGAUUCAGCAAGGGGCAGGUCCACUUCGCCGAGAACAUCUUGAAAGGAAUCGACGCCCGGUUCCUGAGCGAAGCCCUGGGUGUCAGCAUGAAUGUCACUAAGAAGCUUCAGAGCCGACAUGACCAGCGAGGCGAAAUAGUCCGUGUGGAGCUGGAGCAUGGCCUUCACCUGCUCAAUCCACCGUCGUCGUCGUCGUUUCCAACACAAGACCAGCAUCUUCAGUACCAGCAUCGCCAAACAUGUCAACGUUUCGACGGCCACGACAGUCACAACAUCUGCACCAUGGAGGUGAGGCACAGCGUCGAACGCCUGGACAAGGCUGACGUCUACAGCCCUGGUGCUGGAAGGAUCACACGCCUGACCAGUUAA